CGGUACAACAAUACUCGAACUUUCUAGUGUUUAAAUCACAAAAGAAACAUAUUUCUUAUAAAAAAACAGUGUUCUACAAGUAAAACAGUUGUAACAAAUCAUUUUAUUAUUAAGAUUAUAAUAUCAUAAUAACAUAAGUAAAAGACAAAUACUCGAUUAAUAUGAAAUAAAUUCAAAAAGUGAUAAAAACUGACAAUUUUCCUCAAACUUGUUAAUCAUGUAGAAAUAAUAGUAAUUAUAGAAGUGUUACGUGAUAAAUCUAAAUUUUAAUAGUUUGAAAUUUAAUAACGGCAAGCAUUAUAUCCAGAGACAUAAGUGAUAAAUUGUUCUAAUUGUGGAAAUUAAAAUAAAUAGUUAAAUUAAAACCUCUCCACGUAGAGUGUUGACGUGUAUAAUGGCGACGUGGUUUGGAGAUGGAUUACCAAGUUUAUCUAAUUUAAAGGGACAAAUUACAAAUUUCACUAAAGAAGUUCUUUCCGAAGGGAUCGUCGAAGAAAUAGAUGAACGUUCUAAGCAAUUAAACGAUGCAAAUGAAAAAUGUGUUGAAUUACAAGAAAUAUUGAAUGCAAAAGAUGCUGAGAUAUCGUUGCUUCGUCGGCAAAACAUCGAAUUGCAGAAAACAGUGGUAGAAUUAAAUGCAGCAAAAUCGAGAGAACAUAAUGAAGAUAGUCAAGACGAUGGUGGAGGAUUUUAUUGGGACCCUCGAACUGUUAAAAAUCGAGAAUCAGAAAGUCAAAAACAAUCAAGAUUACUUCAGGAGCAAUUAUCACGAGCCUCCAUGAAAAUUUCUGAAUUGGAAUCAGAGCUGAAACUUUUACAAAAUGGAAAUACUAUGAAUGGAACGAGUAUAAAAGAAGAAAUCGCUGAAGGCCAUCAAAAGACGGAACUUCUUCGAGCAAAACAAGACUUAAUGAAUCGUAUUAUUCAAAUGGGUGAAAAGAGGACUGAAAAAAAUGAAGUUGUAAAAGAUUUUCAAAAAGCAAUGUCUAAAUUAAAAUCGUCUGAACAAUUAGAAUUGAUAAAAAGUGCAUUAUUGGCCCUUGAAGUUGAAAAUGAAAAUUUGAAAAUAACCAAAAAUGAAGAGAAAUCCGAUGUUCAAGAGAAAUUAGUUAAAUUAAAUUCCGAUGGAUUUGAAGCUGUACCCUUAAUUGCUGAUUAUGAGGAAAAUUCAAAUAUUCAUCAAAAAAUUGAAGAAACCCACAUUAAAGAGGAAUUCAAGAAAAGAGAAUUUGAAUUAAAUAAUAAAAUUCAAGAAUUACAAAAGGAAAACCAAAUUUUAUGUAAUAAUAUCGAUGAAUUAGAUCAACAACAUUCAGAAUCAAUUGAAAAACUUUUGUCCUUAAAAGAAGAACACCAAAAAAAACAUCAGUGCCUUCAAACUGCCUAUGAAAAACUAUAUGUGGAUUUCAUUGAAAUAUCAAAUGAAUGUGAAAUUUUAAAAUCUAAAACAAUAAUAGAAACUGAUGAAAAACGGACAAAAAAUAGUCUUGCCUUACAAACGGAAUCAUUAGCCGUCCAAGAAAAUUCUGUUCAGGCCAAUAUAUCUGAUGAUGCAUUUUUUGAUAUUACACAAAAAGUGAAAAAUAUUCUCAAAAAUAUUUCCUUAAAUGUAGAAAAUGAUGAAACAAUAUUUGAAGUUGUUGCAAAACAAUAUGUUGAUAUUAAAUGGAAAAAGGAUGUUUUAGAGAGGAAACUUACGGAAAUAACACGUGAAUUAAAACAAACGUCAGAUAUAAAAGAAUCAUUACAAAUGGAAUGUGAUGAUAUGCAGACAAACAUUGAAUCACUUAUUAUUGAAAUUCAACAUCUUAAAUCGAAUUUACCCUCGAUACCAGAAGCAAGCGAGGAACGUAUUGCUUCACUUGAAAAUGAAACAGAAAUACUUCAAGUUGAAUUGAAAAAAUACGAAGAAGAAAUAAAACUUUUGCGUCAAAAAAAUUCGGAUUUAACAGGAGAAAGGAAAGAUGUUGAAAAUACACAUAGAAAUCAUAUUAAUUUUCAAACUGAACUUCAAACAAUUAAUGAACAACCUGAAAAUGAAACACCACGAGAUGAAGAUGAAGAAAAAUUGAUACAAAAAUUGGAAAUGUCAAUGGCAAAGAAUGAGGAAUUAAGAAAAAGAAUUGAAAUAUUUGAAAAUAAUCAACGACAAACGCAAGAGCAAUUGAGAAUGUCUUUGGAAAAAUGUAAAGGACUCGACGAGAAUAUUGAAGUAAUUGAAGAAUUAAAACUUGAUUUAGAUAAUGUUAAACGUGAAUUAAAAUCAUCAAUAUCUCAUGGUAAAUUACUUGAAAAUAAUUUAAUAGACAUUCAAAAAUCUAAGGAAGAAAUGGAAAGUGAUAAUAAUAUAUUAUCGCGAGAAAUUGAAAGACUUGAAUCUGAUUUGUCAAUAUUAAAGGAAGCACAAGAGAAAAGUGAUGAUAAUGAUUUACUCAGCGAUCUUCGCGAUCAACUUUAUAAAGUAAAUAGUGAUAAAGAUGAUUUAGAAUAUGAUAUUCUCAAUAUGAGAAAAGAACUCGAUCAAGCGAUAAAUCAAUUAGAAAUUAAACAAUCCGAACUUGAAAAUUUACAUCAAAUAAUUGAAAAAUUACAAAUGGAGAAUAAAAAAAUUCAAAUUGAAAAUGAUAAUUUAAAAAAAGAGACCAACACAUUUGUUGAUCAAUUAACAUCCCUUCAAACUGAGUCAAGUGAAAAAGUUGAACUUCUCAAUACAGAAAAAAUUUUACUCGAACAAGAACAUUUGGCAUUAAAAGAAGAAUUUAACAAUGAUAAAACUGAAUUCAACGAAACUCGAAAUAAAUUAAUCAAUGCCGAACAAAAAAUAUCCCAAUUAGAGAAUUCUUUAACAAAUUUGAAAAUUGAUUUUGAAAAAUUACACUCAAAUUGUGAAAAUAAAGAAAUUGAUUUGAAAAAUGCGGUAAAAUUUGAGGAAGAAUUAAAAAUUAUUACCGCAGAAAAGGAAAAAUUGUGUCACGAUUUAGAAAGUAAAAUAGCGCAAAUUUUAUCUAAAGAAGAAGAAUUAUCAGCCAUACGAAUACAUUCCUCAAAAAUAGAAACUGAACUUAAGAAUAUUUUGGAAAAAAAUGAAAUAAACGAUAAGGAAAAUGAAAAUAAUAUCCUUUUAAAUCAAGAGAAUAAAGAAUUGAAAAAUGAACUCAUUGAAAUUCAGGAAAAAUUGACAAAUUCAUUGGAAAAAAAUAAAGAAUCAUCAACAAUGGCACGAGAAACAAUUGAAAGUCUCUCACAAUUAAUUCGCGAUAAGGAUGAUGAAAUUGAAAAAUUAAAAACUCACAAUUCUUCCAUGAAUAAUGAAGUUGAAAAUGAAUUGUCAUCAGUAAAAAAAGAAAGAGACGAAUUAGUGAAACUUGUUCAAAUAAAACACAACGAGAGUAUUCAAUAUCAUAAUGAAAUUCAACGAUUAAAUCAAUUAUUAAAUGAGCAAGUAAUUAGUAUUCAUAAAUUAAUUGCCGAACGUGAUGUGAGUUUAGAAGCAAUUAAAGAAAAAGAAGCCGAAAUUCUUUGGGCACAAAAUGAAUUGCAAGUUGUUAGGCAAAGAUUAAAAGAUUUUGAAGAUACAAAUCAAGAUGAAAAAUGUGGAAUUGUCGAACAUUCCGUUCAAAUAGCUCAAUUGGCAAUUUUUAUUGAAAAAUCUAAAGCACUUGAAGCCGCAUUAAUACAAGAGCAAAAUAAUAAUCGUCUUCUUCAAAAUCAAUUAACAGAUACACAAAAUAAAGAGCAAAAUGCUGGUAAAGAUUUAGAAAGAUUGAGAUGUCAUUUAAUGGAAAUAGAAGCGAGUUAUACACAAGAAUUAUUGCAAACUGAAGAAAUUAGAAGAGAUUUAGAGGCAAAAUUAAUUCAAGCUGAGGAAAAAGUAAAAAAUAGUUCAACAGUUUAUACAUCGGCCAGUAUUAGAGCAAAUCAACAAGUUGAAACAAUGCAACAACAAAUGGCAUUAAUUGUUCAGCAAAGAGAUGAUAUUCAAAAUAAAUUAUCAACAGCCGAGGAUAAAAUACUCUCAUCCACAGCAUCGUUGACGAAUUUACAAUUUGUGCUCGAACAAUUUCAAAGAGAUAAAGAAAAAGAUAUUCAAGCAGGGACAGAGAAAAUUCGACAACAACUUAACGAGUCCUACAGGCAACAGGAAGAAUUAUCAAAUCAAAUUACAAGUCUAAAAGAACAAUUAGCAGAAGCGAAAGAAUGCCUGCUGGCAGCUUCGAGAUUAAGCGAAGAAUUGGAUAAGAAAAGUGAAAAAAUUGGACAACUAAAUGAAGAAGUUGCACAAUUAACUCUUUUGGUGAACACUGCUGAUGAAAGAAUUCAGGAAGCAAACAAAAGUGGAGAAGGAAAAGUUGAUAAAACAUUGGUGAAAAAUUUGCUUUUGGGUUAUUUGACAUCAUCUGCGAAUGAUAAAACUUCCGUGAUGAGAGUUUUUUCAACAGUUUUGGAUUUCAACGAUUCGGAAAGGGAAAGAACUGGUCUCAAUAGUUCGGCUGGAAAAAAUAGUUGGUUCUCAAAUUUAUUACACAGUGGAGGCAAUGUACCAAGCAAAGACACAGAAGCUUCACUGUCAGCGGCUUUUGUCAAAUUUUUGGAAAGUGAAUCAGCUCCAAAGCCUCAAUUACCAGCUUUACCGAUUUCUAAUACUCCAUUGACAAAACCAGGUCACAGCAGGCAACAUUCAACAUCAUCAACGCAAUCAACACUUUUAUUGUCAAAUAUUAAUUUGCCAACAUUUCCCGAUUUUGUCCCUGCAAGAAAUACAGGAUCGAUUCUCAAAGAAGUUUUAAAAGACAGCUGAUAUUGAAAGCUGUUUUAUUUUGGCGUUUGCCUUUUUGGUAAACAACAACUAUAUCAUAAAAAUAUCACUGUUAUGAAUUCCAAUAAUAUAUAAGAAGCAUUUGGACGGAAAUAGUAAGAAAAUUUUCCAUAAAAAUUAUUAUUAUUAUUGUUGUUGUUAAAUAGUGACAAUAAGUAUUUCAAAAAUGGUCUUAGAAUUAAUUUAUUUUUGUUUCAAAUUAUUUUUUUUUUCAAAUUAUUCUGUUUUUUUAUCGUCUUUUUCUGUUUAUUUAUUUUAUAUCACAAAACUACUCUAAACAAAUGUCAGAAAAUUAUUUUUUAAAACAGCAUUAAAUGCUGCAUAUUUCGUAUCAAUAAAAUUGAUGAAUUUUUUUUUUUUAAUACCGAAAAUUUUGUCAAAUUACGUAAAUUCCCUUUUAAAAUCAAUUUAAAUACAUAUAAUGAAAGAUUCAAGGAAAACAAAAAAAAUGUUAAAUAUUGUGCAAUUAUUUUUGUGAAUUUGUUUAAAAAUAUAUAAUUUGUAUAAUAUGUUGUGAAAUAUUUGUUAAAAUUCAUUUGAGAAUAUGUCAAUUUUUUUGUCUCAGUGAAUUUUACAAAAUUAAUGAAUAUAUAUUGUAAAUUUCAAAAAUUUAAGUGAUAUAAAUUUGUAGGA